AUGUCCGGUCUCGAAAUUGUUGCUUUCGCUAUGGGUGCCGUGGGGUUUGUGAAAACUGUCUUAGAUAUAUGGGACGACAUCGACAAGAAAAGGCAGGAACAUCAAGAAUCUGAUGUCCUGGCAAAACGAUUGAAGUCAUUUGGACUCGCGGAGCGACGAGGAACGCUCAAGAUAGCGUUGGAGCUGGCCCAAACAAUCGUGAGAGACAGGACUCGGAGCAGGAACGAGGCACUCGAACUCGCGGCAAAUUUCCAGCGACUGAACGAACUCCUAGAGGCCAUACCCAGUGCAGUAGAUGCAGUGAUAAAGCUUGAGAAAAAGCCUUAUGUCCUACAUCGGGGAUCAGCUUUCCGAGAACUCAAGUCCAAGGUCACUAGUCUUGACGAAAGGAUAUCCAGCUUUCAUCAAAAGGUCAUAGGCCUACGAGCCAUUGUACAAACCGAUUCUUCAUUCCUUCUCAGUCGUCAGGAUUUCUCCUUUGUGGGUGCGAAGCCUGAAUUCAUCCAAAACGGGGAGACUUCUUUCACGAGCAAAGCAUCCUACAUCGCACCUGGACAGGGCGCUAUGGUCAUGCAGGAAGUCGUGCUUGAGAAAAGAUAUUAUGGAACCCAGCCAAGAGAAGCCUUACUCGAAAGCGCGCGUAUACUGUCAACCAAGUUAAGCCCUGCACUCUCAGCUUGGAACAUUCUUCACUUGAUAGGAUACCGUGAUGAUGAGACCGACCAAUCGGUACAACUAAUUUUCUCUCAUCCAGGUCCAGACAAGGAGCUGGCGAGCUUGAGUCGAAUAUACACCGACGGAAGCCCGGAGCCCACCCUCAAUAUCCGAGUUCGACUUUGCAGUCAGCUAGCCGUUGCUGUGCUUCAGACACACAAGUUGGGACUGGUACAUAAGCACAUUCGCCCAGGUAAUCUUCUGGUAAACUUCGACAGAGCCUCGAACGGCGCUAUUCAAGAGGCCUCGUUAUUUUUGGCUGGGUGGCAGAAUGCACGUCUCAUUGAUGGCGUAGCCACAACUCUAAUCGGCGAGACGACGGCAUCGAAGGUAAUUUACCAACACCCAAAACGCCGCGUCGAAGACAAUCGAGCCAAAGAAAGCUAUAACAUCGAUCACGAUAUUUAUAGCCUUGGUGUAUGCAUGCUCGAGUUGCUCACCUGGGAUACCCUCAUUCGACAAGGUGAAGACGAGCUAGCAGAUGAAAUGAUCUCAGAUGCAUAUCGACAUGCAUUCAAAUCCUUGGGCUUCCAUCAGUCUUUUCCUGGUGAGACAGAGGAUGAAGAGGACGGUGGCCCGUCGGAGGCAGAGUUAUAUACGUACAAUGCAGAGCACACGAAGAAAACCCUGGAGAUCCUGGCCCAGAGCCUAGUGGCGAAGAAGGCAGGCGAAACUAUGGCAAACCUGGUGUACAGAUGUAUAGCCGGUGUCUUUCAACCCGGAAACGACCAGAUCCAGACAGAGGAAAAGGAUCAGGUGGCCGAACAAUUCGCCAACGAUGUCUUUGAUGAUUUCAAUAAGUUGCUGUCUGUCUUGUAG